AUGCCAGAAAAGGUAGAAAACGUACUCCCUGCCUUGGCCGAGGCGAACCGGGAAGAGCAAGCCAGGGUGGAUGUUGAGCUGGACGAGAUGGCUCGCAAGAGAGAACAGGCCAAGCAAGAAGCGCAGGAUCGAUACCAACAGAAAGAAGCUCGCAAAAGCGCCGACCACCAACAAGAAUGGCUCUUGCGUCAGAAAGAAAAGCGCAAAGACGUCUCCACCCUUCUCGACGCUUCCGCCCUGCUAGACCGGAUCCAACAAGCUCGUCCUAUGAUCCAAGAAGUCGCCAAGGAGAUCAAAGAGUCGGACAUCAGGGUCGUCUUGCCCUUCCAUCCGGGGUACUCUAGGGACUUGACCAUGGCCCGCAAGUACGAGCUCGACAAGCAGGGAGAAAAGGGGCCCGAGGUCGAGUUCGUCGAGCUGUUCGAUGAGCUCGCCAGCAAUUACGCCGAGGCGUUGGCUAGGUUCAGAGCGCUCAAUUGGUUCCCUGACGAAGACCUCGUCUUUGUCGCCAGCCGCGAGACCAACGACCUCCGCCACGACAACAAGGACGACCUCGAAGACCUCAUCUCCCUUCUCAACUACGUCACCCCCUCUCAAGCCUUCUUCGUCUGGUUCCAAGACUUCAAACGGGACAUCGAUCACGUUUACUUUAUGCGUACCGGGACCGAGACCCUCUUGCGUACCUGGUUCCGUACCAAACCUGACCGACAAGCUCUCCUCGCCGAGGCUGGUCUGGAGGGGGAGGCUGCGAGGGGGGAAGAGGGGAGGAAGUUGUUGUUCCAGCGGAUGGAGAAAUGUUUCCUCGACCAGGGAGUCGAGGUGCCCGAGGCUUAUCGGUACAAGACGCUCGAAGAGGCCGAGGUGAGGGAUAGGUUCGGGUUCAUGGAUUUCGGCGAGAAGAUCGACAAGAAGGAGGACAAAGCGGGCGACGAAAACAAGGACAAAGACGAGGACAAGGAUCAGCUCAAGACCGACGACAAGAGCAAGAAGCCCGACGAGGACGCGAAGGAGGGAAAGGAAGCGGCUGGUAUAGUUGUUAGGAUGCGCCGGAUCAGAGGCGAUAAGCGCACGCGCCCUACGAUCGAUAUGAGCGGGAUUUCAAAGCUCAAAGACGUGACCAAGCCUAUACGGAGGAGACAAACUGAGGAGAAGGCCGUCCGGUCCCGACGAGCUCAGCAAGACUCUAAAACUAAUUUUCUAGGCAAACACGACCUUCAAGAUCGAGCUGCAGCUCGAACGCCGCGAGUCAAAACGCCUCGUGUGAGAACACCUAGGAUCGCAACCGGAGCCAAAACUGAUCGAAGACUCGAGAAAGCAUCACCGGGUGAUAAUAUCCCAUCGCCUGUGAUCGAUACUAUGGCGCAGACGGUCUCCUCCCUCCGCCCAGAACUGCUCGACAGCCCGCUAGUCCCAGUCGAUAGACGUCGAUUGAAUGGCCGAGUUGGAUCUGUUGAUCAGUCGGUAGAGCUAGGCGCGGGGAAUAAGAAUAGCGGGAGCUUCCAUUCGUUUGCUUCUGCAGCUGGGUCUGGAUCUAUCUACACGGCUGGGACCGAUAUGACCGGCUCUCAAAGAAGCCAUACGAUGACCGACCGGACGGGCUCGACGGACGGUAGCCGGAGCUCUCAUUCGAGCAACCCUUUCUCCAAUUCCUACGUUCCCGGCCUGUCGACGCUCGCUUCCAACGCAGCCACCAACUCCACCAAAGUGACCAGCAUAGAUACGAUUCAAUUCUCUUCUACCAUCCCUGAGAGCUUCUCCAGCCUCUCUGUCCCUUCGAGUUGGGAGGUGACUACAAAUCCUUCUUCCCACUUGAAACUACGCUAUGUUUCGAUCAAACCCGCAUGCAACUAUCAUGGUCCAUCUCGAUACCGUCAUAGGAGGAACGGUACGAUACGUAGCAUCACCUUCUCCCCCAUCGAACGUGGAGGCGACAAGGUUGUACACCGGGCUACCGGCAAGGUAGCUAUCUUCCAGCUUGCAGAGUGGUAUCGUUCUUCCUUGAAUGAACCUGAUAUUCCGACAGGAAUAUCACGUACCAAAUCAGAGACGACGCUCACACUAGCAGAGCUCUUCGCGUCGUGUUCAGAACAUUCGUUGCUGGCUGAUGAGCCGGGUUUCUCAGUUUCGUCCAUGUUCUCGAGGGGCUUUGAGGAAGUUGAUGCGGUUCUCGACUCUAAUGGAAGGUCGCGCGCUACGGAGAUUUCGAUUACGAGAUCACGUGAUCAAUCAGAGGAAAAGCUUGUUAUAAAACGCAAGAUCAUCUUCUUAGCCCUCGUCAACUCUACCCUUUUCUUCUUCACUGCUUCGUUAGCAAAUCACCGUCAAAGCCGUUCGAUCGUACAAUGUCGACCUCUUGUCCUCAUUCAACGUAAACCGUGGCCUCUUUUGGUCGUACUACGACAACAACAAUAUACCGUUACUACGACGCCAGAGGAGACACGUCGCGAUGAAGACAACCCGGUCGACACUGGACGAUCCACGCCGACGACCGUAAUCGCAACCGUAACCCAUAGCAGCUUCUCUCAUUCUGCUAUCUCUACAGGCGAUAUGAUACUUCGCCACACUUGCACCCCGACAUCAGCUGCGGGUCUUCGGACCCGCGCACCACUGCUCGACCCCAAGAUCCUCUCGCGAUCCGAGCGGUAA